AUGACACCCAACUCUUCUCUCUUUCCCGACCAAGAAGAUAUUGUGGUCAACAUACUCCAUAUGUUGGAGGUGAGCGGCCGCUCCAGCUUCUCUAAACUGGAUAUUGCGCGUCUAGGAGUCUUUGUUAAGACUUUUGACCCGAACGACAAAGAUUUCUUGGCCUCCAAGCAAUGUCUUUUCAAGCCCAUUUCUAAGGAGGACAUUAAACUGUGGAAGAUCUCGGCCGCUGAAGCCGCGGUGGUGCGAAAUAACCUAGAUAUCCCGGAUUUGGGUCCCGUAUCGCAGCAUCGGCCUACGUGGAAUAUCACAGUCGCUACGCAACAGGUGUUCCACUUUAUCAUGGCACAGUUCCUCUUCCGCCGCCGAGGGAAGACUUCCCUAAGGGAUACAUUUGGGUGGAAUGGAAUUGACCACGAGGAGUUCUACGACGGCAAUAAGGGAUUCCUCCACUCUCCGUCUGGACGAUGUAAAGGCGCUGAUACCCCGGGCUGGAGAACUUGCUUACUAGAAGAGUGGUGGGAUGGUGAAAUCCUCGCUGGACCCUCCGUCCGUUUCAUUGUCUGCACGGAUGGAAUUGCCGAGGAAGACAGUCUACUACUAAGUGAGCUUGGAGCAGUCGCUCAGGUUAUUGCGUUCCGCCGAACCCAGCCGGAGUUCCAGACCUUUCUUUUAUUCCCAGUACUCAUGAUUUCUCUUUUCGGCCCCCGACACGGGCGAAUUGUCCAAGCCUGCUACGACCGGCGCGGUGAUAGGCUCGAGCUUCGAAUCUCUCAAAUUUUCUGCUUCGCAAACAGGAGUGAUGCAGAAUUCGAUACAUUCGUUCGAUUCACGGCGAGUUACCCGCCCGAGAUAGCAAACCCCACCUUUUUCACGUCUCUCCAGAUCAUACUCAAUGAUGGGUGUCUCGCGAGCGAUCCCUCACAAGACUGGGAAAUUCUGUCGAAUAUUACGCUGGAGAAUCAAUGA